AUGAGCUUUUUACAUUUGCUCCAUCUGGAUGCGGCUUAUCCGAACAAAACCGUUCCACCCGUGUUCAGCGACUGUGUGGACGAGUUUAUUGUUGGGAAGGAUGAGAAGUACGCGUCCUGCAAUAUUACCAGCGGCGAUACGCCUUGUUACCUCCUUCAGGAAUUGCACAAGGCGAAAGAGUUACGAAAUUAUGGUUUUGCCGUCAUCCCAAUUGUUCUCUCCCUCCUGGCAAUGGUCUUGAACGUCACAUACUUGAUCAUCCAGUUAAAGAUAUAUCGGAAAGAAGAGGAGAGUGCUCGAAAAAGAUAUCUGUUUCUGAUCAGCCGAUCGUUGAGCACGAUAAUGGCUCUUGUGCUCCUGUACGUGGUGAUUAUCUGUUGGAAAUUGGGUGAAUUCGUGUAUUCCAGUGCAAUGAUCUUCUUAUUACUCGGUGGUCUCAACUUUCUGUCUAUCACGGGAACCUAUAUUGCUCUAACAGUUUUGCUUUACACGGCUAUUGUUCAUCCAUUUUUCUACCAAUCACGGAUAUUUGUCAAACAUUGCUAUGUUAUUAUUGCUUUGAUAUGGGUCUGUUCAACAAUGGCAUCGCUAUGCGUCGGUUUGUGGGGUGCGACACUGUUCUAUCCAGAAAGCGCUCCAGUUCAUUGCAGCUAUCGUGGAUGUCAGAAACCGUUGGCGAUAAUUAUAGUAAUCGGUCUGUCCAUUUCGUAUGCAACUGUUCUUGGACUAUACGCUAUGCUCCUUAUACGCCUUCACAUACGUCUUCAUAGGUGUAAAGUAGUAAUUAAUGGAAGUAACAAGGUCCUCCGGAAUCUUGCAAACUACUUUAAAUAUCAGGCGUUUCAGUCGCGACCAUCGGUGGAACGUCAGAUGACACACAUCAGAGCGAUGAAUCGGUUAGGAAUGAACAUGGCCACAUUUGCCGUCGGAUCAAUACCUAUACUUAUUGUGAGCAUUGUGGCGAUGGUGAAUUUACGAAGCCUCAGCACAUUAGGGGAAGGCGAAAAAUCACCAUGUAAAACGUAUCGAAAUGCUCAUCUCUUCGUUGAAGUAGAAGUUUUAGCAAGUACAGCAGCAAUAGUCUGGUUAGUGGCAAUGAUCCUCGAUCCGAUCAUCAACACAGUAGCUGAUCGGAAAAUCUUGGCCAUGCUCCGAACAUGGGUGGGCUUUUGUAUCGGAUUAUUUAUUCAUUUAAUACACACGAUAGUGUGCCAUACAAUACAAAAGCAAAAACUGUAA